UCAAAAUAAUUCAAACGUUUCGCGACUGUUCACCAGUACGGACGUCCCAGCAGCUGCUAACCUCUGCUUGAUCCCGCGAAGUUAGUGAAAAGGUUCUAUAAGCUUCAGGAGGCCCCACUUCGGUAUCGUGUUUCAUCUAUCCUCGAGUGUCGAAAGUGCAACGAAAGUAGUAGGAAGGAAACUACUCUUGUCUUGCUUGUCUAGUGGCAAGCUCCUGUUUCGACCGAAUAUCCGGUUUGUCGUUUUACCAUAUUUUCUCGCUGUGCGCGUUACUUUAGCUUUCCGUGUCGACCGACAAAAGUGCUAGCCCGGAAAUCGGAUAGUGCCACACAGUUAGUGAACGUUUUGUGAACGAACGUCGAAGCAUUGCAAAAACGCAUUUAGCCAACAUGAUGGAGAAGGAACCCGAUUCCAUGGCGGUCACCAUGAAGCAGGAUUACGCUGCCAGUGAGGUCUACAGUACCACUAGCGAGGCGCCACCUGCAUACAAAAUUCGUCAGGCCAACUCCGUCAAGAUCGCCAGGAUCGUUGCCCUCACCGUGAUCGCAUCGUCAUUCAUCCUGGGUUCUUUCAUGCUCGCCUCCACCUACCUGCAAGCGAAGCAAUCCUGCGACCAAAUGCAAACUCUUGAUGCUGUCCUCAACAAGGAACUGAUGCUGGAGGCUAUGCAACAGGAACUCCCUAAGGCCCAGGCUUUGAUACAAGAUCACCUGUCCGCUGACGAAAGCAAUCUACAGACCAUUGACCGGGAGGAGAAGCAGCCACAGGCCAAACAGGAACCGGAGAAGAAGGAAUCAGCCGAAGCACCCGAAUCCGAAGACGAUGACGACUCGACGGCCGAUGGCGAGAGUGACGAGAGCGCGGACAUGAACAGCAACCGGGUACACAUUAAGCUUCCACUGGAUCUGAACCUUAGCGAGCUCGCCCACGCCAUGCUGAGAGAAAACCAAAAAUCGAAAAUGAACUGCGUUGUGGAACGUCGCCGCUCGGAAGAGAUGGUCGAUUCUCCCUCCAAAACUAUGCGGUUCCCAUUCGGAAUGGAACUCAACACGGAACCGAAGAAGCAAAAGGUCACCGGUGAACGCAUUGCCAUCUUCUGCGAAACCGGAAAUGAACCAAAGAACGAGGACGCCGAGCCAGUCCGCCAAGUGCUGAUUCCGAUUCCGCCGGUGCGUGCUUUUGGCCCAAUCACCCACCUGCCCCAGCAGAUGCCACCACAAACGAUGAUGCGCCAAAUGCCGCGACCAAUCUUCCCGAUCCCGAUCAUGAGCCACUCGCCGCCCCAAAUGCCCCCGAUGCCAGCGCAGAUGAUGCAAGCCCCACAUCCGGAGAAUCCAAUGAUCCGACCAAGCUUCCUUGCGCAACCCCAGCAAAUGAUCCAACCCCCACAGCCCCCGCAGCAACAGCCCCAACAGCCGCAACCAACCUUCCCCCAGCAGAUGCAGCCACCACGCGCCGAAGUUCGCAUCCAGUUCCAGCGCAUUCCAAUUCCGGAAAUGAUCCGACCCUUCCUGCCACCCCAGCUCAUGCGCAACGGACCCGAACAGCCCGAAGUACAAAUCCGCGAGGUCCCGCUGGAUAUGGCUCUCCAGAAAGUCGGUCUAUCCGCCGAUGAACUGAAGGACAUUCACGAAAUCGCCGCGCAGAAGUUCACCGAACAAUUGAAACAACUGAUCGGAGAGAUGGCCGAUUCCGACGAGAGUGAGGAAGAAACCGAUUCCUACCGCACCACUCCAGCCCAGGAACCCGCCUCUCAACACUCCGACGAACGAGAGCUCCAGGAGCAGCAACCACCGCGCCCUCAGGAACCAGAAGCUCAACCACAAAACAACGCCGAAUCACAGAUCCUUCCCAUGGGGCGCUCCCAGUAUGCUCGUUCCCUGGUCAAUCCGAUCAACCUACCCGGCAAAGUAGUGGAAUCUUCCGUUUCCGAUGAGGAAUCGGAACGCCCACACUACGUCCAACCUCGAUCGGUCUAAGGGCGACGAGGUCAGCACAAAACUAAACGUGCUAAUGUCUCCCAAAAGAAAAGUAAACAAAAACAUUUCUGCACGUUUGCUCAUGUGAUUGUAAAAAAACAACAGUAAAGAAAGGAGAAAUUAUCAAAAAUCGCUGAUAAGUAUUAGCCCGGGGGCAACUUUCCGACAGACGCGGAACAAUUUUAAGCGUACCUAGAAUCUCAAUUAGAACAACGGAAACUUAUUUCAGAAAUUAAGAAACAAGAGAGAAAAAAAAACUCAAGUGUAAAUAAUAAUUCGAAAAGUCAGAGCAAUAACCACCUUCCAUCUGUAACCAAAAUGCCACAAAACAGAUGUCAGCAACAAAAAAGAACACUGAAAAAAAGCUGUUUCUAUUAUAGUAUUCUUUGAAAAUUUUCCUAAGUAGCAUUAGUAGAGAAUAGUGAUGAAAGAGAGAAUAUAUUGUUUGUAAAGUUUUUUUUUAACGAACUUGACAGUAACGAGGAAAAAUAAAACACAAAAUUUACCAAUUUGAAAGAAUUGAAGGACAAAUAAAAAACAAUAAAAAAGUUCAA